AUGGAGAAGAGGAUCACCCUGGUUCAAACCGUUGCCACCGCCGGCGUCUUCUCCGCCAUUUCCUUCUGGUAUGGAUUCAUGUUUGGCAGAGAAUCCUCUCGCAAAGAGCUCUCUCACCUAAUAGAAGAUCUCCGUCGCGGUAAUCCAGAUCCUCCUCCCCAUUCUUGA